AUGAAAGUUUCUCUUGUUGCAAUACUGUUGUUUUUGGCCUUCCCUGUAUUCGCUGUAGUGCUUUCAACUACCUCAAAAGAUGCAUUGGUGCAAUCUAGUUUGAAUACAGUAGAGAUUGAUACUCAAUCACAACCCGAUUCGUCAGAAUCGGUGGAACACCCACUGCGAACAUUUGUUCGCCUUGAUGCAAUGGCAGAGAACCUAGCAAUAACCUGGAGAAACCUCUACCAACAAAACCUCAAAACAAUGACCAAAGCAACUCGACGAGGAGUUAUUGAAGCAGAAGCUCAAAUGAAGCAAGCACAACAAUCCUCUUUGGACGCUCGGUUAGCUGCACUAAAGGCAUUUUAUGGUGAUCAGUAUGAGCGAUAUGUCUCUCCGCUUAUAGAGGAUGUGCCAAUCUUGCCACUGGACUUUGAACGCAAGGUUGCUGAUGAACGAUUGACGUAUUUAGCAACGCUUCACUUAUAG